AUGGUCCUGUUCCUGCUCCUGGCGGCCCUUCCUCUGUUCCCCACUGGGGAGGCAGGGAAAAUCAUCGCAGGCCAAGAGGCUAAGCCUCACUCCCGUCCCUACAUGGCGUUUCUUCAGUUCAAGAUUUCAGGGGAACCUUACGUAUGUGGGGGUUUCCUCGUGCGUGAGGACUUCGUGCUGACAGCAGCUCACUGCCGGGGAAGAUCAAUGAAAGUCACACUGGGGGCCCACAACAUCAAGAAGAAGGAGAGGACCCAGCAGGUCAUCCUGUCAAGACGUGCCAUCCCCCACCCAGGCUAUAAUAGUGAGACGUGUGCCAACGACCUCAUGUUACUGCAGCUGGAGAGAAAGGCCAAAAUGACCGCUGCUGUGAGCACCAUCGGCCUGCCCAGCAGCUCAGAUACGGUGAACCCAGGGAUGCUGUGCAGUGUGGCCGGCUGGGGACGCCUUCAUGUGAAAGGCUCCACCGCAAAGAAACUGCAAGAGGUAGAGCUUGAAGUCCAAAGGGAUGAGGAAUGCAAAUCUCGCUAUGCAGUUUACAACACCAGCACCCAGAUGUGUGUGGGGAACCCAAGGAUGAAGAAUAAUGCUAUGAGGGGUGACUCCGGGGGCCCCCUCGUGUGUAAUGGUGUGGCCCAGGGCAUUGUGUCCUAUGGAAAAGAUACACCUCCAGAUGUCUACACCAGAAUCUCAAGGUUUCAGCAAUGGAUCAAAGAAACAAUGAAAAUGUACAAACUGCAGGGACCAGACUGA